GCAACCCUGGCAACUCUACCAGUGCCAUUCGAUUUGUGACUGUGAGUUUGUACUACCGCCGCUUUGUUCUCUACAUCGAAAAAUAAUUGAAAAUUUUCUUAAAAAACCCUGAUCUUGUUUAUCGUAUUUGAUUUAUAUAAAACAAUUGAGUGAUGGCUGAUCAAAAAUCUCCCGAUGAUCUGGCUACUGCUAUCUUAAAACGCAAGGAUCGUCCCAAUCGUUUAUUGGUCGAAGAAGCUACAAACGAUGAUAAUUCCGUGGUUGCAUUAUCGCAAGCGAAAAUGGACGAACUACAGUUGUUCCGCGGUGACACCGUGCUGUUGAAGGGCAAACGGCGUAAGGAAACCGUGUGCAUCGUUUUGUCUGAUGAAACUUGUCCGGAUGAAAAAAUUCGCAUGAACCGUGUCGUCCGAAACAAUCUUCGAAUUCGUUUGGCUGACGUUGUUUCGAUUCAAUCGUGCCCGGAUGUGAAAUAUGGAACACGAGUUCACAUCCUACCGAUCGACGACACAGUUGAAGGAUUAACAGGGAAUUUGUUCGAAGUGUACUUGAAACCGUAUUUCCUUGAAGCCUACCGCCCCAUUCACAAAGAUGACACUUUCAUCGUUCGAGGAGGUAUGCGAUCCGUUGAAUUCAAAGUCGUUGGCACCGAUCCAGCUCCAUACUGUAUUGUUGCGCCUGAGACCGUCAUCCACUGCGAUGGUGAUCCGAUCAAACGAGAGGAAGAAGAAGAAGCUCUGAAUGCGGUCGGAUACGAUGAUAUUGGUGGUUGCCGUAAACAAUUGGCUCAAAUCAAAGAAAUGGUUGAAUUACCAUUACGUCAUCCGUCGUUGUUUAAAGUGAUUGGUGUGAAACCGCCGCGCGGUAUAUUGAUGUACGGUCCACCAGGUACCGGCAAAACUCUAAUUGCUCGUGCUGUAGCCAAUGAAACUGGCGCCUUCUUCUUUUUGAUCAACGGACCGGAAAUCAUGUCCAAAUUGGCUGGCGAGUCUGAGUCGAAUCUACGAAAGGCCUUCGAAGAAGCCGAGAAAAAUUCGCCGGCAAUCAUCUUCAUCGAUGAAUUGGAUGCUAUCGCCCCCAAACGUGAGAAAACACACGGUGAAGUGGAACGUCGUAUCGUGUCGCAGUUGCUAACCUUAAUGGAUGGCAUGAAGAAGAGUUCACACGUCAUUGUUAUGGCCGCCACAAAUCGCCCCAAUUCGAUUGAUCCGGCUCUCCGUCGUUUCGGACGCUUCGAUCGUGAAAUCGAUAUUGGCAUUCCAGAUGCAACCGGUCGACUGGAAGUAUUGCGAAUUCAUUCCAAAAACAUGCGAUUGGCCGAUGACGUCGAUUUGGAGCAAAUUGCGUCCGAGUCGCAUGGUCACGUUGGUGCCGAUUUGGCAUCACUCUGCUCGGAGGCUGCACUACAACAGAUUCGUGAGAAAAUGGACUUGAUUGACUUGGAGGAUGAUCAGAUUGAUGCCGAAGUUUUGAAUUCGUUGGCCGUUACAAUGGAGAACUUCCGUUAUGCAAUGACCAAAUCCAGUCCGUCUGCUCUGCGUGAAACUGUCGUUGAAGUUCCAAACACCACUUGGACCGACAUCGGUGGUUUGGAGAACGUUAAGCGAGAACUCCAAGAAUUGGUUCAGUAUCCGGUUGAGCAUCCAGACAAAUUCUUGAAAUUCGGUAUGCAGCCGUCACGCGGUGUAUUGUUUUACGGUCCACCUGGUUGUGGUAAAACUUUGCUGGCCAAAGCCAUUGCCAACGAGUGUCAGGCCAAUUUCAUAUCCGUAAAGGGACCAGAAUUGCUGACAAUGUGGUUCGGUGAAUCCGAGGCAAAUGUUCGCGACAUCUUCGAUAAGGCCAGAUCCGCUUCGCCUUGCGUACUAUUCUUCGACGAAUUGGACAGUAUUGCCAAAUCUCGUGGCGGUAAUGUUGGCGAUGCUGGUGGUGCGGCUGAUCGUGUUAUCAAUCAAAUUUUGACUGAAAUGGACGGUAUGGGCGCAAAGAAGAAUGUGUUCAUCAUUGGAGCGACGAAUCGACCAGAUAUUAUCGAUCCGGCUAUUUUACGUCCCGGCCGUUUGGAUCAAUUGAUUUAUAUUCCACUUCCGGAUGAGAAAUCGCGUGAAGCAAUUUUACAUUCAAAUCUACGAAAGAGUCCAUUGGCUAAAGAGGUCGAUCUGAACUACAUCGCUAAAGUUACUCAGGGAUUCUCAGGUGCUGACUUGACUGAAAUUUGUCAGCGUGCCUGCAAAUUGGCCAUUCGACAGGCUAUUGAAGCAGAAAUUCGCCGUGAAAAGGAUCGUGUAGAAAAUCAACCUAGCGCCAUGGAUAUGGACGAAGAAGACCCAGUUCCAGAGAUAACUCGUGCACACUUUGAAGAAGCUAUGAAAUUCGCUAGACGUUCCGUUUCGGACAACGACAUUAGAAAGUACGAAAUGUUUGCACAGACGUUACAACAGUCCCGUGGUUUUGGAUCAAAUUUCCGUUUUCCAUCCGGUCAGAAUUCAUCGUCUCCAGGCGCCGGUCAAAGUCAACCGACCAACGAUGCGGGAAAUGCUGGUGACGAUGAUCUCUACAAUUAGAUUUGUUUUACACGAGUAAUAGCAAUUUUGUAUUCGUCUUUCUUUAUAUAUUCAUUUUCACCCCGUUUUUCUUUUACUUCGACCAACAAAUCGCAAGUCAAAAUUGAACUGUUUUUCUUGAUAAAUGAAGUGAAGUGUGUGAACCCUACCGGUUAUUAAUUUGAUAAAGAUUCCUUUUACUUUUGUCGUUUCCGAUGAACAAGAACAAAGCUAAAGCUUAAACGUACUUCACCGAAUUUCUAUUAGUUUAAUAUACUUAUUGUAAGAACUUU